AUGACCGGAGCAAAUCUCACAGUCACAGGGACCAAAAAGGGGGUGGAGGACAAGACUGUCCUUUUCCCCAUGAUUUAUGGUGUCAGCAUGGAUGAAAAGAACUCUCUAGAAACAUCUAACUAUUUCAGUGAAAAUUUGUCACAUCAUGAUUCCUCAUCCACUACAGAUUUAAUUCAAGAACCACUGAAAGAACAAACAAGACUGUCUUACCACGAGAAAGUUUCUGUUCAUGAAGCAGGAAUACAUAAAACACCAUUGAACUUGGAACUUGCAGACCAGUACACACCUCUUUUAGAUGCCUUACACCUAGACAACUUAACCAAAGCACCAAGAUUGAACAGAACAAAUCUUUCAUGUAUAUCAAACAGAGUCCCUCUUUCAUGUGAAAGAUCUGACUAUGGAGAAGUGAAAGAUGAAUCUGCUUUGGACAUAAUACUAAAAGGACAAAAGUGCUCAGUCAUCUCAGUUGGCAUCCAAACAACUGCACAUCCUUUUGCUUCUGCCACAAUGGAUGAUCUAUGUGGGAAGGAGGACCUCAUUCAUCAGUUACCACCUGAAGAUUUGCAGCAGGCCAGUGAGUAUCCUGUACCACCCCUUGAACACAUUUCUUCUGUGAACAAUACCGUUGCUUCCAGGGAUUCAAGCUCUGGAUUUUUGACUAUCACCUCGGAUCAUCUUGAUUCCAAAGUACAAAGUGAAAUAGAGGAAAUAGCACAAUCAGCUUCUAUAAUAAUAGAAAAUCAAGAUAAAAAUUUAAUUAAUGAAGAUAUUCCACUUCACUGCUCUGUGGAUGAAAAGAAAACCACAUUAAAUUUGGAAACCAAAGAAGGACCUGCAGCAGUUACAGACUGUAAAGAAGAAUAUACCAGUGGGGCAGAAAUGGCUGCUUCUACUAUUCCGGUAACCAGUGUUAAAUCAGUCAACUUUAGACAGAGUGACCACAUUUCUACAAAUGAAAAAGAGGUAGAGGCUGAAUUUCUUAGAUUAUCUUUGGGAUUUAAGUGUGACUGGUUUACCUUGGAGAAAAGAGUCAAGCUUGAAGAAAGGUCUCGGGAUCUGGCUGAAGAGAAUCUGAAGAAGGAGAUCACUAACUGUUUAAAGUUGUUAAAGUCUUUAAUAAUUCUCUGUGAAGAUGACAACCAAGCCCAGGAAAUCAUUAAAAAGCUGGAGAAGAGUUUAAAGUUUCUUAACCAAUGUACAACAAGAGUUGCUAGCAAGGCAGAGAUGCUGGGAGCCAUUAAUCAGGAAAGCAGAGUCAGUAAAGCAGUGGAAGUGAUGAUUCAGCACGUCGAAAACUUGAAGCGAAUGUAUGCCAAAGAACAUGCAGAAUUAGAAGAGCUAAAACAAGUUCUCCUUCAGAAUGAAAGGCCUUUUAGCAGCCUCGAAAAUGAAGAUGACACUCAAAUUAAAAAGCGUUCAGCAUCUCUAAAUUCUAAGCCAUCUUCUCUUCGAAGAGUCAGCAUUGCAACCUUACCCAGGAAUUUUGGAAAUAAUACAAGUUUGAUGUCAGGAAUUGAAAAAAAUGACCGCUUCAGUAGGAGAUCAAGUAGUUGGCGUAUUUUGGGAUCAAAGCAAAGUGAACACCGACCAUCACUUCAGCACUUCAGUAGUACAUAUUCUUGGGCUGAUGAUGAGGGAGAGAAACGUGAUUCAAAAGAUAAAGAAGAAUCAGAACCACCCCCUGAGGAAGUUUUAGAGGAAACAAGAAAGUUAAGCCUUUCUGAAAAGAAGAAAAAUCAAUCCAGAUGGGAUGUUUCUUCACUUUAUGACACAGGAGCAACCUGGGUAUGGGAUCUCAAGACCUCCUUCCAAAAGACAAAUAUAACCCUCUGGAUGUCUGUUGUGCUUAUUGUACUGUUUGCAGCUUUUAUGAGUUUUCUUACAGGCAGAUUUUUCCAAAGGCCCGUAGAUGCUGCUCCUGUAGAAAAUGGGGGCUCCUGGACUUCACUUCAACAAACUUUAUGGCCUUAUUCCAAAUUUCAACACAAGGGACCCCCACCAAUAUAAUGGCAACAUGCAACAGCAAUUACACAUUGAUUUUUAAAUCAAACUAUUAAUCAAUAAUUUUAUUCUGAAAAGUUGUAUAUAUAAAGUAUAAAAAGUGAAACAGAAAACCACCACCUUUUAGAAAUGUUUCUAUUAUUCUCAUGUCCCUGAUAAUUUUCUGAAACUAAACUAAUGAAUAUUGUUGUCUUCUUGAAGUACAUAGGAAGUCAGUGAUUUUUAGUGAACUUUGUGAAGAAAGUUUGUACUGUUUUAUUCACUGUGAAAUGUUAAGGAAAUAAAGAAUCAUUACAGUUUUAAUAUGAUGGUAGUUAAAAUUCUCAACAUGCCUAAAUAUUCUAUUACAAAUCUUUUAUUCAAAAAUAAAAGUUGAGUUUAAAAAUGGUAAGCAGA